CUAUCAUCCCCCGGACCACCACUGCUUGAGCUUCACGUUCCAAUGGUUGCACCCAUGGCGGGCUUUCAGCGAAGAUGCCUGUCGACACAACGAGGCAAAGCAAUCUUCGUCGCCGCAACCAAGGAGCACACGGGCAAGACUUCUGUGUCCAUGGCGCUCAUUGCAGGUCUAGUGCGUAGGUUUGGGCCUACACGCGUGUCGUACAUGAAGCCUGUCGGCCAGAAGCACGUGCUAGUGACAGGGAAGGACGGAGAAGACCUUAAGGUUGACAAGGACGUGGCCGUGGCGAAAGAGUACUUCGGCCUUUCGGCCCCGUACAACGCCAUGUCGCCUCUCGUCCUGUACAAGGGCUACACGAAAGACUUCUUGGACGGCAAGAUGGACGUCCGGGAGCAAAAGAGAGUCAUCCAGGACGGGUUCGAGGAGCUCAUCCGGAGCAACGACUUCGUCGUUGUCGAGGGUACCGGUCACACCGGCGUCGGGAGCGUUGUGGGGAUGAACAACGCGGAUGUUGCGGGUUUGCUCGGGCUCGACGUCUUGCUCGUCGGAAACGGAGGCUUGGGUUCCACGUACGACGUCAUGGCGCUGAACAAGACCCUGUGCACCGCUGGGGGCGUUAGGGUUCGCGCCGUCCUCCUCAACAAGGUAAAACGCGGCAAGGAAGACAUGGUCAGAGAGUACAUCGGGAAGGCGCUGCGUACCAACUCGUGGGACGCGCCAGUGCUUGGGGUAGUACCGUGGGCGGAGUCGUUAGAUCAGCCGUCGAUACUGGACCUGGAGCAAAUGUUCGGCACGACGGCUCUCUCGGGAAGGGAACAUCUUCUCCGAAGGUACUCGCGCUUUGAACUCGUCACAACGAGCCUUCGACAGUUAUUGAAGAAGCUCGGAGCCGGGGGUAUCAGCGCCAAGCCCACGUGCUUCGUGACGCAUGCGACCAGAAAUGACAUUAUUCUCGGGUUGUUGUCUCACUCUCAAGACACCCUGGGCGAAAAGAACAACGCGCCCUUCGACGCAGGUCUAAUCUUGACAGGAACACCGCCGGGGCACGUUCCGCAUUCCUUUGUGAGCGAAUACAUCGGCCGCGCCGCUAUCCCGGUGCUGAGCGUCGGCAUGUCGACCUCGGAGGUGAUGCACAAGUUGGAGAAAUUCACGUCCAAGAUGAACGUCAAAGACGACCUGAGGACACGAAACGUCAUCGACCACUACGAGCCCGAGAUCGACUUCGACGCGCUCCUCUCUUGCGCCAGCGUUCCGCCUCGACCAGGAUGA